GCGGCACGCGUUCAACAGGUGUACUUGAACGGUAGUGAAAAGGUCACGGGCAGGGUGGGCAGUGCCGCAGUAUACACAUGAGAUGUAGGUACGUAAUUUUCACGUCCGCGGAAUAAAACAUCGCGAGCGCUUCCCUCGCGCAGCAGUGGUACGCAAGGACCGCCGAUCCUGCGUAGGCGCCUCCCAACUUGUAACGAUCGAGUUGCGCGCUAAAUAGGACGCGCGCUGUGCUGUGUAUGUGUGCUGUGCAGUGAUUUUUUUUAAUUUUGGAGUAAUUGAUUUUAAAUAAAAUGAGGCAUCAGCGCUGGGCAUCAAACUUGGCAACGGCAACAUGGGUGCUGUUCACCCUUCUGCUUCCAACAGACACACAGCUCCUCAAUCCUGUCACAUCGUUCAUGAACUUCCUGAAUGAAGGCUCCAAUCAACUGGACAACGAACCACCAGAUCAAAAUAACAUGCUGAGUGAAUAUGACUUCAUCAUCGUAGGAGCCGGUACAGCGGGAUGCGUGUUAGCAAACCGUCUUACUGAAAUCCCAGAUUGGAAAGUGUUACUUAUUGAAGCAGGUAAUAAUGAAAAUUAUGUCAUGGAUAUCCCAAUCGUAGCAAACUACCUUCAAUUCACAUCAGCUAACUGGGGAUAUAAAACAAUGCCCUCUAAAAAGUACUGUGCAGGAUUUGAGAACCAGCAGUGUAACUGGCCUCGAGGAAAAGUAGUUGGAGGUUCUAGUGUCCUAAAUUAUAUGAUUUAUACACGAGGAGCUAAACCUGACUACGACAGCUGGGCAGCGAUGGGUAACGAUGGCUGGAGUUGGGACGAAGUUCUGCCAUAUUUCAAGAAAAUAGAAAACUUCAACAUCCCGUCGUACAAUGAUCCAAAAUAUCACGGGCGCGAUGGACACCUUAACGUCGAAUACGCUCCAUUCCGAACCACCAAAGGGAAGGCCUGGGUCAAGGCAGCACAAGAAAUGGGUUUUAAAUAUAGUGAUUACAAUGGAGCAGAACCUGCUGGUGUAUCUUUCCUUCAACUAUCAAUGAAAAAUGGAACUCGUCAUAGCUCUAGCAGAGCGUAUUUACACCCAGCCAAUGGUCGGAAUAAUCUCCAUGUGUCUAAGGGCAGCAUGGUAACCAAGCUUAUUUUUGACGAAACCAAGACUAGAGUAAUUGGAGUCGAAUUCGAAAAACAAAAUGUGAAACAUAAAAUAUUGGCGAAGAAAGAAGUAAUUGUAUCUGCUGGAGCUAUUAAUUCUCCUCAACUAUUGAUGCUGUCAGGUAUCGGUCCAAGAAAUCAUUUGGAGUCAAUGAGAAUAAACGUUGUAAAAGAUUUACCAGUAGGGUACAAUUUAAUGGACCACAUAGCUGCCGGUGGAAUUCAGUUCUUAGUUCGACCGCAAAAUCUGACGCUGUCUACAGAAUACAUAUUAAAUCAUUUAGAACUAGUGUUCAAAUGGAUGAGAUCACAUAAAGGCCCACUGUCAAUUCCUGGUGGAUGCGAAGCUCUUAUAUUCUUGGAUUUAAAAGAUAAAUUCAACACAACAGGUUGGCCUGACAUGGAACUGCUCUUCAUUUCAGGAGGAUUGAACUCUGACCCACUAUUACGACGUAAUUUCGGCUUUGAUAACCAAAUUUAUGAUGAUACUUACGGUCCGCUAGGAAAGUCUGACGCGUUUAUGGUGUUCCCGAUGUUAAUGCGACCCAAAUCAAAAGGAAGAGUUAUGCUUCGAAGCAAGAACCCCAGAGCACACCCAGCCAUAAUACCAAACUAUUUUGAGUAUGCAGAAGAUUUACAGAAGAUUGUAGAAGGAAUUAAAGUAGCAGUGCAAAUAGCAAGACAACCAGCUCUGAAGAAACUUGGUGCCAAAUUGUAUGAUGUUCCGAUAGAGGACUGUUUACAAUACGGCCCGUUCGGUAGCGACGAGUACUUCGCUUGCCAAGCACAAAUGUUCACAUUCACUAUAUACCAUCAGAGUGGCACUUGCAAAAUGGGAGUAGAGAGUGAUCCUUCAGCAGUGGUGAGUCCGAGAUUAAAGGUCCACGGUAUUGAGGGUCUCAGGGUAAUAGACGCGAGUGUUAUGCCUGAGAUAGUGUCCAGUCAUACGAACGCCCCUACGUAUAUGAUUUCCGAAAAGGGAUCAGACAUGAUAAAACAGGAUUAUGGUAAAUUGAGAUAGAACUGACUAU